AUGGAAAAAGUUCCCCCGCUACAAAACUUCAACUCCCUUAGUAAAGAAAACGUGUACGAGAACAACAAGUUGGCAUUUCGAGUGGCAGAGGAAGAGCUGGGGAUCCCAGCCUUGCUGGAUGCAGAGGAUAUGGUUGCUCUGAGGGUACCAGACAGGCUGAGUAUCCUCACCUACGUUUCCCAGUAUUAUAACUAUUUCCAUGGGCGGUCGCCUAUUGGAGGCAUGGCUGGAAUCAAGCGUCCAUCCUCCGAACCCCGGGAUGAGCCUCUUGGGAAGAAAGCCAUUUCAGAGCCUGUUAAGCCAGUCCCUCCAAAACUGCCUCCUGCCCACCCACCAGCCAGGGCUAAGCCAAAAGAAACAUCUCCAGUUGCCGUGAAAGGGAUCCUGGCAGAAAGUGGAAAUAUCUGCAGCAGCAGCUGUGCUAUAUGUGGAAACCAUGUCCACCUGGUGCAGCGCCACUUGGUCGAUGGGAAGCUCUAUCAUAGGAACUGCUUCAGGUGCAAGCAGUGUUGGAAUGUGCUUCUGUCUGGGGGCUACAAAGCCGGGCCUGAGCCAGGUACUUUCAUCUGUACCAGUCAUCAGCAGCCAGACAAUGUCUGGAACUCCGGACUCCGGACUGGGAGCAAACCUGAGAGCACCCCAACUCUUACCCCUGCUGGGGCAGUCCAGAAACCAGCAGAACUCAAGCAGCUGCAACAGGUGUUGAAGAAACCAAGCCAGGAAGGCCAUUCUAGUUCAACCAAGUCAUCUGUUUCAUCUUCUGGAAGUUCUGACUUCAAAAGUGUAAAUAUGCCACGGUCCUCUGCAACUGUAAAUAAGUCAGAUCACCAUGAAAGUACCUCACCAGGGCCUCUUUGGACAACCUCCACAACAAAAACACAGCAAGCUCGAGAAAAGUUUUUUUGGUCGUUGGAGUCCCCCAGCAAUAAAACCCCUGACACCAAAAAACAAGUCAUUUCUUCCCAUGGCUGUGAUAGAACUGCCUUUGCCAGAACCACUCCUGAGGUCAGUCCAGUGAAUGCUGAGAAGGAUCAGGCACGUAACCGUAUUAUGCAGGCUUUGGCUGGGUCAGACACUUCUCCAAACAGGCCAGGAGGACUCAAUUCCACUGGCUCCCCAGCAUCCAGUAGGACGCUUACCAGUAGUGGCAAGUCUUCUCCCACCAGUUCUCGAUGGCAGAGUCCAGCUCCAAAAACACAGCCCAACAAAAUAGGGCACACAGCACUGAAACAGGAGAAGGUCACAGAGCCUCUGCCCAAGAGCCAGGCUGCCAGCAAACCUGUUGACCCUGCGCACAAACCAGAGUCUAAAGUCUCCAAAGGAAGGAUGAACGUUCCUGAAGACAAGUCUGAGAGCCCAGCUGACUGGAGAUCUCGGCUGAAGCCUGUGGCCAACAAAGAUCUAGGUGGCUUUAAGAAACCUCCUGACAACUCUCAGAUGGGAACAGAGAGCCCAGCGUGGAAGGAGAUAAAGCCAAGUCCAUCUGUUGUCCCAUCAGGAAAGCAAGACUCUGCUUCAUCUGGUGGGUUUGUGAAGAAGAAGCUGCUUCCCAGCUCAGAUCUUGUCAGGAGCUGUCAGAAUUCGAGAAAAGGUUGGGAAGACUGUGGAGGUUCUUUCAAGAAGGAGGAAGAAGGGGACCAGUUGAAACAAAGCACUUACACAUUUAAGCCCUCUGCUCCGAAAAGCAUCCAGAGCCCUGAAGCAGUGUCCCCAACCAAGCUGCACCCAGACUAUCUCCCUGAGGAGGAAAUCCAGGAGAAGGUGCGUGACAUCGAGAAGCAGCUGGAUGAGCUGGAAUUGAAAGGAGUGGAUCUGGAGAAGCAGCUGCGUGGCUGUGAAGGAGAUGAGUCUGAGGAUGCCCUCAUGGUGGAUUGGUUCAAACUGAUCCAUGAGAAACAGCUGCUGCUCAGACAGGAAUCGGAACUGAUGUACAGGAUGAAGCAGCAGAAGCUGGAGGAGAAGCAGUGGAGCAUUGAGACAGAGCUGCGGCACCUCAUGAGCAGGCCAGAGGAACUGAAGACACCCAGGCAGAAGGAGCGAGAGAAGGAGCUGCUAGAGUCAUACCUUAACACAGUCAAUGAUCGGAACAAUAUUGUGGAGUGUCUGGAUGAGGACAGACUCAGAGAGCAAGAGGAGGACCAGAUGUUGGCAGACAUGAUUCAGAGGUUGGAUGGACCUCGUGACAGCCAGGAGCCAGACAAGAAGAAGAACAAGUUCCGCUUGUCCAAAAUAUGGAAGCAGAAAAAUAAGAGCUAAGCUCAGGAUUGAUGUUCCCUUGUCCAGUGCCUCAGAGAGGGCUGUUAAAGGGAUGUUCUUUCCUCACUGCUGCUUUCCUGAAGUCAUGCAGAACUGUGAUCAGGCUGCUCUUCCCUCUGACAUGGAGACUGCAGGUUUGCAGACCAAAGGGGCCGUGUAAGUCCCCUCUGUCCCUGAUGUGGGAUCCGAGUGCAUUAUUUCUGGACAAUGAACUUCUAAGACCUCUUCUUCCUCACAUCUAGCUCAGAGCUGUCUUCAGCCUCUUUGGCAACUCAGGAGGGCAGAGCUCAACUCGCCUGUCCACCACUCAGGGGUCGUAACAGUCCUGAAUACAGGAGUAUGACACUGUGUGUCAUCCCACAAUGCCACACUCCUGCCAGAUAUGGCUGUGUCAAUGACCAUGGGUUGAUCCACAAAGGGGCAGUUCUCCCUCCCUCCCUGCAGGUGCCAUGGCUUUUUAGCUGGGUUCAGAGAUGCAGAGAGAGGUGCUAUGGGGCAUGAGGCAUCGAGGACAUCCCUCUUAUUGCAUCACUGCAAACUGGAGUUGCAGGCCCCACAGCUAAGGGAGGCAGUGAGCAGAACCACCUCCUUUUCUCUGGGGUGGGUUGUCCUAGACCCAAAAUGGUUUCGACAGGAGUGCUCCAUUUUUAGACCUCCUUUUGGGAGUAGCUGUAGGCUGCAUCUGCUCAGUUGCAGUUUCUCAGGACUGUGAGGAAUUGCUCACCACUUUGUUCCCUCUAUGGGAGAGGUUUGUAAUUUCCUUAUUUCCCUGAUGACCACAUGGUGAAGUAGGGUUUUCAUUGCCUGUGGCCUGUUACGCCACACAAGUCAUCUUUUAACAACCAGGUGCUAACCGGGAGCAGAAGGGAAUAGUCGGGUUUGCCUCAGCCCCACGUUUGUGUAUGGGGACAGACAUUCAUCUCCCAAGGCUCCAUUCCUGGGCAGCCAGCGCCCUCAAGAGGUGCUGUGGUUCAGUCUGAUGGGACCAGGACAGUAAGAGCAGCACAGGGCAGGUACUGGCUGCAGGCAGUGAGGCUCUCCCCUCUUCCCUCUACGUACCCUGCAGUAGGACACCUGCCCUACGUGGCCAGCAUCCUCUCUUCCCAGUCGAGCUGGGGAGCAGCAAUGGAAACUGGGAGAGAUCAGAAUUAUUUGUUAUCCUUCUAGCUCUGGUAAGUGUGGACUCCCCUUUGCGUCCUUCCUCCGAAUCAGGGAACCUUGUGGUUUCUCCAGGUCCUGUUCUCCAGAGGGGCUGGGGAUUUUGCAGGGAGGUUUGCUGCCCACUGUGCCCGGUGGUGAAGCGGAGGCGAUGCGUCCCUCACCCACGAGGUGGCAGUGGGACUCUCUGUCCAAGGCAACCCGCCCUGGGCACGGCAGGGGUGUGCUCAGUGAGGCACCAAGUGCCCGAGGAGUCUCCUGGUACCUACAGUGUGUGCUCCUUGUGUACAUGUAGUGGGGCACCCUGUACCUGCACAUGCUGAUGUCUAAUAAAGAAUUGGUGGAGCAAA